AUGAGUUACUUGAAAACCAAAUGCGACUAUGUUGACCUCACGGCUCCUUUCACACCUCUUCCGAAAUAUGGCCAUUACUCUAAAAUAACGCCCGACUACCAGCAAGUAGAGCCGGAGAUCCGAAAAGCCCGUGAGGCCGAGAACUGUCUCCCAGACAUUCCAAGCUUUCGCACCAUGAUGGGCGAUUCAGACGCCGUAAUGCCCCCAGGCGGACCUGAUCGAUACAAAGAUAUUACUACAGAAUUCAUCGAUAUACCUACCCGCGAUGGUACCGAAAUCGAGCUCAAGGUUUAUAAGUCACACAAGGUGAACAAGAAUGCAGUUUUGAUGUAUCGUAUGCAUGGAGGAGGCUGGUGUAUUGGACGACACGAAGUCGAUGGCAUUGAGAAUGUUUAUGCAGCAAUGAAUCCCAAUGUCGUUGUUUCUGUUGACGAGGCCAGGGCACCUGAACAUCCAUUCCCAACACCAAGCAAUGAUUGCUACGAUGGACUCCUCUGGUGCAAAAAUAAUUCAGACAAGUUGGGAGUCGACCGCGAAAGGAUCAUCCUUAGCGGCGGCUCAGCCGGUGGGCAACUCGCUGCUUCCCUCACUUUAGAAUGUCUGAAACAUGGCAUCACCGGCAUUGUUGCCCAGGCUUUACACUUUCCACCAUCAUGUCACCCCAAGUUCUUCCCAACGGACAAGUACGAGUAUGGUAGCUACGUCCAAAACUGUGACGAUGCCAUUCUCAGUACACAGCGCAUGGAGACAUUUUACGAUGCGUAUGCUCCAAACGUCAAGCCAGAUUACAGGCACUCGCCUCUUCUAGCUGAUUCAUUCAAGGGUCUUCCCCCUACACUCAUCCAGUGUGCUGGUGUUGACCCUCUACGCGAUGAUGCCUUUGCACUAGCUGAAGCACUAAAGAGCGAUGGAGUUGAGGUGGAUAUAUACUGCUAUGCUGGUCUUCCUCAUUGGUUUCCUGCUGUUUUGCCUCAUAUAACAGAAACUUUUCAAUUUCUUCAAAGGUAUACUGACUUUGUAGAGAAACAUUCGAGAAGCUGA